UUUGAGCCUGGAAAGUGUUGGUGCGGCUCGUGUGUUGUUUCAGGGAUAGAAACAACUGAACGGUUCCAAUGUGAAAGCUCCCGUAGCUGCCGCUUAGUACUCGGCCAUGGUGCGGCACGGAGCGCUACCGACUGAGGAAAGUAUCGGCCCCGGUGAGACGUCCCCUCUUUCCACAGCCCCUGUUACAUUACAGCAGGAUUCCUCGCAAUGGCAACAUCAUCCCGACGGGACUCCCAAAGCCUCUCCCAUGUCCCAAGAUCCAGACGCCGACGACACCGCCGCCCUGUGCAUCAGAGUGAGGGCCCUGGAAGCUGAGCUGGACACCUGCCGCCAGGAGCUCCGGGAAAUCCAGAGAAGACUGAGCCACAGCGAGAGACUGCACCGGAGCACCGACACUCGCAACCAGGAGCUCCAGAGACAGGUAGAGGAACUAAGUAGAGAAAUCCAUGAAGGAAAAAGAGCAGAUCAGACAGACCAGGAAGUACAGACAGAUGACUGUUAUGCUUGGGCACAAUCUGAUUAUUACUAUGCUUCCAAUGGUAAUGAUUAUAGUGGACUUGCACCAGGAGUGUCAGAUCAGAUCAGUGUGACAGAAGACAGCCAUUUUUCACAAGUUGAAGCAGGAGCAAGCAGCAGUCAGUGUGUGGGAGAAGUUCAAGAAGAAACUGACUACGCGCAGCAUGCUGAGGAAGAGCAGGAAUGCUCACUGGCGGAGAGCCUGAGAGCGACUGCAGAAGCUGCCGUGACACAGACCGGAUUUGUAUAUGAUGAAAGCACAGGGAUGUAUUUUGAUCACAGCACUGGAUUUUAUUAUGAUUCGGAGUCCCAGCUAUACUAUGAUUCUACCACUGGUAUAUAUUACUACUGUGAUGUGGAAAGUGGCCGCUACCUAUUUCAUUCCCGAGUGGAUCUUCAGCCUUUCACUGAUACAAACCCUCAGCCAACCAAAGAUAAAAGAAGUAAGAAGAAGAGGCGAGAUCCAGACAGCGUGGAAAAGGCUACAGAGAAAAUGGAAGGUGACCCAGUAAGUCCCCCUGAAAGGGAAGAAUUUGCUGCUCAGAGAAAGAAAGCUAGGAUGGACAGUAUAAUAGAACGGUACGAAAGAGAGAGCUCAUCCUCAGAUGAGAGUGAACCAGAGGAGGGAGAAAUCACUGACUCUGACAAUGAGAAGACUUCCAGUGAUGACGACAUGUCAAGUGGACUUAGUGUAACGUCCAACACCUCAGAGCCUGAAGACCAAGAAAGAAUUUGGCCUCCAUGUAUAAGAGUAACUGUUGUCCGAUCACCAGUGCUUCAGACAGGAACCCUGUUUAUCAUCACAGCCGAUAAAACUGCCACCAUUGGAAGAGAAAAGGAUUUGGGGCAUACAAUCCGGAUUCCAGAGCUUGGCAUCAGUAAAUUUCAUGCUGAAGUGUACUUUGAUCAUGAUUUACAAAGCUACGUACUUGUCGAUCAAGGCAGCCAAAAUGGAACAGUCAUUAAUGGCAACCACAUACUGCAGCCUAAAGAAGUCAGCCAGCCUUGUGUGCUGCAACAUGGCGAUGAAGUAAAGUUUGGGGAGACUGUGCUUUCUUUCCAUGUGCACCCAGGCAGUGAAACAUGUGAUGGAUGUGAGCCAGGGCAGGUCAGAGCCCACCUCCGUCUGAAUAAGAAAGAAGAGCAUUUUGCUGGUCCAGUACUGACCAAGGAGGGCAAAGAACUGCUACGGAAACAGGGGCUUAAGAAAAUCAGAGCAAAAUAUGGAUUACAAAGUGCUGAUUAUGAAGACAAGGUUCUAACAAACCCAAAAUACAAGGACAGAGCAGGAAGACGGAGACAAGUGGUGGGUAGUGAAGGCACUUUCCACAAAGAGGAGGCUCCAGCAUCUGUACAUGUUGAGAUUAAUGACAGCAACAAGGGCAGGAAAAUGCUGGAAAAGAUGGGAUGGAAAAAGGGAGAAGGCCUUGGCAAGACAAGCGAUGGCAUAAGGGAUCCGAUUCAGCUUCAGCUUCGCAAAAAGAAGGCAGGUUUGGGUUCCCAGAAUCCCACAUCGAUUGAAGAUAACCAGCCUCCAACACAAAACCAGAAGAACUGGGAAAAAGCCAGGGAGAGAUAUGCAGAAGCCUUCCCCGAUGCUAAAACCAAAAACGAGACCAAGAGCUCUGUGACUUGGAUAAAGGGCUCUGCACAAUAAUGACCUCCAUACCAACGUUACCAGGAAAUUGCUGUGAAGAGGCAUUGCCUUGGUUUUUUUUUUUUUUUUUAGAUCUGGGGAGAUGGGUAUGCAAUGUAUUGCUGUAUACUCAACCUCCCUUUAAGUUAAUGGUGUUCUAAGUUUUGUAGAGGAAGUACUAAAAUCUGCUCUAAGUCUGGAUGUUAAUGCCCCUAGGGGAAAAGGUCCAGUAUAUACUUGGGAUGUUUAAUGCAGCUUCUGUUACUUAUCUGUAACCCCCCCUAGGAACACGCAUUAAACCAGUUACGGUACUUAGGUUUGGCAGCUAAGGAGUCUAAGGAACAACCUCAAGUGCAGUUUAUCUUUAGUUAGGCCUCCAUUUCUCACUGUCCGAUAGCAGAUUCUGGGAAGUGCAGUUUAGAAGCUGAAUGCUAUUUAUUUGAUGUUUAGGAUUACAUUUACCUAUUCAAAUGUGACUAAUUUAAUCACAGACCCCCCCGUCAGUAGUGAUGUGCAGGAUCUGCAGGACAGGUGGGUUUGGGCUGGCAUGCGUACAUCUUGUGGGUUGGACCAAAUGUUACCAUCUGCCUACUUGCCAUGCCCCUUCAACAUCUAACGGUGGCCAUACAGGCAGACAUUGCUCGUUUGGCAACCUCUCCCAAUGAGUGGAUCUCGCCCCCAGAUAUGCCCACCUAGAGGUGGAUGAUAGGCUGAUCACAACUCAGAGAAUACAAGCGGUCAAACUGAUGACCGCAUCAAUGAGCUGAUGCAAUCCUCUAUCAGACUGGAUUUUUAAAUCUGCCCAAUCAGCAUCUGGACGAUUUUUGGCCAGAUAUCGAUUGGGGAAGCUCGUUGGAGGGCCCCAUACACUGCCCUAUCAGCUUGGCCCUUAUAUCAGCCCGUGCAUGGCCACCUUAAUAUAGGUGAGUCGGGCCGAUAAAUACUGAUGGUUCGGCAGUCAGAACAGCUUGGUGGAUUAUAAGGCUGGGGUGGGUUAGGGUUGACUUGCACAUUACUACUUUCCAGGCGAAUGUAGCAGUUUCAAGGCUAAUUGAUCUUGCCAAAUGUAUAUGUAAUAUCUCUUCCACUACUUUGAUACACAAACACUACAUUACACAAUAGUACACAUGGCAUUUAGGCAUCACAAAAACCAUAUCAAUUUGUACACCAUACCAUGCUCCAAAAGAUGUCUGUAAAGUUCCUCUAUCUAAACCAGAACCCAUAAGGCAGGGAUUUCAGAUGUACGGGUUUGCCACCCAUAGAUGUCUCAACACCAGUUGGCAUGGCUUGUUAACUACGUGGUGAAUAGACAAGUGAGAGCUGUGCCAUAGAGGGAGAAUUUAAGGAAUUUGCAGGAAUCACAUAGUUGCCUUAGAUUACAGGUCAUAGCAAAAUAUCACAAUAACAGGUUUCUUCUGUGAAGAAAUGUACAAAGAUUGAUUAUUCUUUUUUUGUGGAAAUAGAAUUUUUUUUUAGCAAUCUGUUUAUAUAAUAAAUAUUUUAAUUAAAAAAAAA